GUGGGGGGAGCCGGGACGGGGAGCGGUUGGCGGCAGCGUCCCGGCCCCCUCCGGCGGCCGCUGAUGCCGUUGGGGCCCGGUGCCCUCAGUGAGGUGCUGGUGACCGAGACCGUGUCGUGCCUGAACCGAGCCGUGGAGAAGCUGCGGGGCAUCUGGGAGGAGAUCGGCAUGCCCGAGGAUCUCCAGCUGGAGCGCACCCAGGCCGUCAAGGAGCACAUCAAGGGUCUGCUGGACAUGAUGAUCUCUGAGGAGGAGAACCUGAAGGCGUACCUGCUGACCAGCAUCACGGCCUGUCGGAAGGAGCUCGAAACCCUCCAAAGGGAGCUCCGUCUGGACUACUUUGAGGCAGAGGAGCAAAGCACCAUCCUGCAGAUGGAGAAGGAUCUGCGCUCCCGCGUGGAAGUGUUGUUAAAGCAGAAAAGGGACAGGAAGCAGGAGCUGAAAACCCUGCAGGAACGAGACCGAGAUCUGUGCGACAUCCUCUGCACGGCCCCGUUCCAUAUCGACAGCGACUCUGUCCCCAGCCUGGAGGACCUGGACCUUUACAGGCGCCACUUGGCUGCCCUGAGCCUGGAGAAGGAGCAAAGGCAAGAACAGUUUAUCAGCACCAAGAGAAAAAUCAUCCUCCUGAUGGAGGAGCUGGACCAUACUCCGGACACCAGCUUUGAGGAGGACGUGGUGUGCAAGGAUGAGGAAGCCUUUUGUUUGUCUGAGGACAACAUCGCUGCCCUGCAGAGCCUGCUGCAGCAGCUGGAAGCCCAGCGGUCCCUGAACGCAGACGUGUGUGCGGAGCUGCGCUCCCGAAUCACUGUGCUUUGGGAAAGGCUGCAGGUUCCUGCGGAGGAGAGGGAGGUUUCUGCCGUGCACACCGCUGGAUCCAGCGCCAAAACCAGGAAAGCUCUGCAGCUGGAAGUGAACACUCUGGAGGAGCUGAUGCUGCAGAACCUUAAAUCUGUGAUUCCGAGAAUCCGGGCAGAGCUGGCUGACUACUGGGACAAGUGCUUCUACAGUCAGGAGCAGAGGGAAGGCUUCAGCCCCUAUUAUGAUGAGGACUAUACAGAGACCCUGCUCGAGCUCCAUGCUGCUGAGGUCAGGAAGAUGAAGAGCCACUAUGAAACACACAAAGCUCUGUUUGAGGCUAUCUGGAAAUGGGAAGACACCUGGAGGAUGUUCCUGGAUCUGGAGAGGAAAGCAAAUGAUCCGAGUCGUUACACCAACCGUGGGGGCAACCUGCUCAAAGAAGAAAAGCAGCGCGUGAAGCUGCAGAAGGUACUUGCUAAGCUGCAGGAGGAGCUGGACAACAAAAUCCAGGCCUUUGAGCAGGAGCAGGAAAAGCCUUUCCUGGUGAAGGGGCAGCAGUUCAUGGAGUACGUGAAGGAGCAGUGGCAGCUCUACCACCUGGAGAAAGAGAAGGAGAAGCAGGAGCGGCGCCUGAAGAAAAGCCGUCAGAUGAAGGAAGAGGCGAUGUACGGGAGCACCCCGCAGGCACCCCUCAAGCGUUGGAUGCUCAGCCCCCACGUGCCCGCCAAAGUAAGGAAGCUCAACGGCACUCAAAUCUCCAGCACCGCAUCCAACAGCACCGUUCGUUCAGCUUUGGGGGGAGCCACCUGCCUCUCAUCAACGUCUUGUUUGACACCUUCCAAAGGGAAGGCUCGGACUCCCAACCCAUCGUCUGCAAAAUGCCCCCGUCCUGGACACAGGGGGCAGAACAAGGAGAACAUGUCCCAGCUCAACGGAACCCCCCUGAGCGGUGGGUGCACCUCCACAGCCUCUGCCCAGCGUAACCACAGCAUUAAUUCUGUUGCCAGCACCUAUUCAGAGUUUGUGCGCAAACUUUCGAGGUGUCCAGGACAGACAGCACCUCCCAUGUCCUCAAGUCCAACACCACCAACAUCUUCUGCUGAGGUCCUGCCUGCCCUGCUCACCCCCUCGCAGUCCUAGUGAGUCUUGAGCAUCAGGCUGAGCAUCGCACAGCUUCCCUGCCCCACAGCCUCCCCCCCAACAGGGUUAGCUUUUACUGGGGUCCCGGGUGUCCCUCGGGCCAGCCUGGCCUGUGAGGCAGAGGCUUCCUCCCUGCCAGGGACUGAAAGGGACCUUUUUUUUUUUAAAAAAAAAAAAAAAUGAAAUUUGAGGAAUUCUUGAAAAUAUUUGUGAUUCAAGCUUAGCGUAGGUGGUGGCGUUAGGGCAGCGCAGGGGUGGGUGCUGGCUCUGGCCGGGGGCGAGCGUUGGGGUGGACAGGAUCGAUGGGGAGUCCUACUCUGCCUCGUGUCAUGGGCUCUCUCCCCCCUCCAUAUCCCAUAGUUAUUGUCCAUCGGCAUCUCCUUUUCUCAGCGUUACAGCAGGCUUGUCUCGGUGGGGGCUGGCUCUACCCGAGGUUCCCUUACCAGGCUUUGCUCAGGGGCUGGGGGUCUUUGUGGGGGCAGUGGGGCUGGGGGCCCUGGGAGAAGCAGCAGAGCACUUCACAGGCAGCAAACCUCCCCAGGCAUCCUCCUGGAGCCCAGGCUGGCCUCGGGAGCCUCUGCCCCAGCCCUGAACCACAGCAGGGACGGCCUGAGCACGAGUUCUGUGUGAGGACACGAGCUGGGGGGAGAAGGGGCCAGUUGUCCUGUCCCCACCCCCUGGCACUGGCUCCUGGGCAGGGCUUGGGGGCUUGUUAGCACCUUUGUUAACGAACCUCGGUGUGUACGUGGCUGUUCCUCAUCAUGAUGGAUUUGCACCUUGUUAUCACUACAGUCCCCACUUGCAGUUAUUUAUUCAGGUUCUGUCCCCUUGUUUUAUAACUCUCUCUGUACUGUUCAUGGGCAUAAUAAAUACGUGUAUGUA